GCUGUCGAUUUGACUGUGAGCCUGUUUGCGUGCCGCUUGUUUUCAUGAAGCCGGGUCAGUGUCCCAUACCGGAGAUAAUUCCACUGUGUGCUGAAAGCUGUUUUCAUGAUGGCCAGGGUCAUGCCACACAGAAAUGUUGCCCAACCACCGGUGGCUUUGCAUGCAGUGAACCACGUGGUCAGGGAAGAGGUCGGGCAAGUUGCCAGGGAAGCGGCCAGGGCCAGGAAAGUGGCCAGGGAAGCGGUCAGGGUCAAGAAAGCGGUCAGGGAAGCGGCCAGGGUCAGGAAAGUGGCCAGGGUCAGGGAAGCGGCCAGGGAAGCGGUCAGGGAAGCGGCCAUGGUCAGGGAAGACGUUAUGGCCAGGGAAGCGGUCAGGGAAGCGGUUAUGGCCAGGGAAGCGGUCAGGGAAAUGGUUAUGGCCAGGGAAGUGGUCAGGGAAGCAGCCAUGGUCAGGUAAGCGUCCAGGGAAGCGUUUAUGGUCAGGGAAGCCGCAAUGUAAGUGGUCAGGGAAGUGGUCAUGGGAAGGGUCAGGGAUGUGGUCAUUGA